CAAUGUUCGUGUACCAAAUCCUAGGAGACUGUCAGCGUUGCCAUAACUAUGGCAUGGCUCUGAUAGUAAUUUUGCUCUUCCAUGUUGUCCCUAUCAUUGGGAUUAAGUGCUUUUGGCAUCCACACAUCGUUCCAAGUUCCUGUUUGUUAUCUUCUUGAAUUCUCUGCAACCUGCAAUUCUCGGAGGACGCCAUGGCGGAAAUAUUCCUCGGAAGCGUAGCUGAUUCCAUCACCGGGCAUCUGGUUUCUCUGAUGUCCUCGGAGAUCGGACAAGCUUGGGGCGUCAAACAUGAGCUGAAGAGACUCAAGAGCACUGUUUCUGCUAUCACUGCUGUGCUUCAUGAUGCUGAGAAGUGUCGGGUCGAGAAUGAGAGUAUCAAGGAUUGGCUCAACAAACUGAGAGAUGUGGUCUAUGAUGCCGAUGACCUGUUGGACGACUUCUCCACCAAAGCUUUGCGCCUGAGGAUGAUGGCAGGCACUCGAAUCCUAAGAGAGGUUCGCAUCUUCUUCACUUCCUCGAACCAGCUUGUUUACAGCUUUAAGAUGGCUCAUCGAGUCAAAGGCAUUAGGGAGAGGCUAGAUGACAUUAAGGGGGAGAGAUCGAACUUCGAGUUUGAAGGAAUUGGUGGUUUGGAGAUUAUUGGGAAAGGAAUCAGGGGAGAGAGUUAUCCGUUUGUGCACAAAUCGCAUGUCAUUGGAAGAAAGGGAGACGAGGAGAAUAUCAUAGAUUUCUUGUUGGAUCCUAAUUUUGAGGAUAAUGUCUCAAUCCUUUCCAUGGUGGGUGUCGGGGGUCUUGGGAAAACGACCUUGGCAAAGCUCGUGUUCAAUGAUGACGGUGUUCAGGCAUAUUUCAAGCUGAAGAUGUGGGUUUGUGUGUCGAUGAACUUUGAUGUGGAGAACAUUGUGAGGAAGAUAAUACGAGAAUGCACUGGUGAAAAGGAUAUCGGGAAUCUUAACAUGAACGAACUGCAAAAUAAUCUUCGAGGAAACCUCUUAGGAAAGAAAUUUUUUCUCGUCUUAGAUGAUGUCUGGAAUGUGAACCGAAGAAGUUGGAUGGAACUCCAUGGCCUGCUUAUGGAUGGUGCAAAAGGAAGUAAGAUUCUGGUGACUACCAGAGCUCAAAAUGUUGCCAAGGCGACAGAUGCACAGUACUGCUUUCAGUUAAAUGGCUUACCAGAAGCUGAGUCUUUGUCGUUGUUAAUGCAAAUUACAUCGAAGAAAGAGCAUGAGUGGAAGAACCAGGCGUUGGAAGCCAUCGGGAAAGAAAUCGUGAAUAAGUGUGCCAGAGUUCCCCUCGCGAUCAUGACUGUGGGGCAGCUACUGUCCGCAUCGAGAAAUAGAGAAGAGGAUUGGUUAUAUUUCAAGAAUAUUGAUUUGUCGAGAAUAAAUCAAGCAGCGAGUGAUAUUAUUCCAACACUCAGGUUGAGUUAUGAUUCUCUCCCAUCGAACUUAAAACAGUGCUUUGCCUAUUGCAGCUUAUUCCCCAAAGGCCACGUUCUAAAUCCGCUUGAGCUGAUUCGUUUGUGGGGUUCACAGGGAUUUAUAUCCUCCGACAGAACAAAACCCCCCGAAGAAUCUGGCCAUGAAUGUUUCAUGGAAUUGGUAUCGAGAUCCUUUUUCCAAGAUGUAGAAGAAGAUAUAUAUGGUAAUAUCGUAGGUUGCAAAAUGCAUAUGUUGAUGCAUGACCUGGCAAUAACGGUGGCAAGGGACAACUGUAUCAGACUGGAUCACACAACUUAUCAAACCAUUCCCGAAAGAGCUCGCCAUGUAUCUGGUUACCUGGAAGAUUUGCAGUUGAAAGCAGAUGAUGGAGACAACAGAUUGAGGACGUGGCUUGUCUUGAAAGAUAAUCUGGGCCAGAUAGACCAUCUUUACCACAUGGAGAAGUGCAUCAUCGGUUUGCAAAAGCUACGAGCAUUAUGCCUUCGGGGAGCUGCUGAUCUUUGUGUUUUACCGAAAUCAAUAGGGAAACUGAAGCAUCUGAGACAUCUUGACCUCUCUUACAACAGAAAACUUGAAGUCCUUCCUCUUUCCAUUAGCAAAUUGUGCAACUUAGAGACCCUUAAUCUCGAAGGAUGUACAGGACUACGAGAAUUACCAAGUGGCAUCACGAAGUUGGUUAAUCUAAGGCAGCUUGAUAUAAGUGGAUGUGCCAACUUAACUCAUAUUCCUAAAGGACUAGGAAGGUUAACUUGCUUGCAUACCCUGGGCCAGUUCGUGGUGGGAAGUAAAGGUGACCCCCGUGCUGCAACAUUGGAUGAGCUGAAGUGCCUCAGCAAAUUGAAAAGGAACUUGGUCAUUCGGAACAUGGAAAAUUUGCAGGAUUUGGAUGCAGACUUCCCAGUGGAAGGGUUAAAUCUUCAAUCCUUGGAGCUUCAUUGGGUUGCAGAGCCAAAGGAUGGUGACAGGUCUGCUUCCGACAAGGCUAUGACCAGACAAGAAGUCAUCUUAGAAAGAUUUCGACCACAUCAAGAUUUGAAAGGAUUGGGGAUAGAAGGUUAUCGCGGAGGCAUGUUUUCUGCUUGGGUUUCUAAGCUACAGAAAUUGGUCAAGCUUGAGAUCAUAAGUUGUCAUUAUUGCAAGCGUCUGCCGGAUUUGGGUCAACUGCCUCACCUUAAAAGGCUGUGCUUGGCAGGACUGAGCCAGUUAGAGGGUCUGGAAAUAUCAGAGGGAAGUGAGCAGCAUCAGAUGUCCCAGCGUUUCUUCCCAUCAAUAGAAGAAUUAGAGCUCAUGGAUCUGCCUAAGUUCAACGGAUGGGAAAGGAGGAAGAUGCAGGGGGCUAGUCACAUUGACAAAGAGGAAAAUCCACAGAUGGUGCCGAUAUUUCUUAGCAAGGUCCAGGUCCAAAUACGCGGUUGCCCCAGGUACUCGCACGUGCAAAUUCAAGGUCAGCAGCUAUCGCUUGUAGGAAUGACGGAGAAUAUCCUAAAUCAAUUGGUGAGGAUGGUAAUGGCAAGCAGACAUGCAAGCAUGAUUUCUACCAAUUCCAUAUUGUUCUCGAACUUGAAGUCCAUCACAAUCGACUUCAUGAUAGACGUAGAGCACUUGCAGUGGCCCAAAGAGUUGUUUCGUUCCCUCCCAGCUCUCCAGUCCCUUGUGAUUAAGCGUUGCCAUCCGUUGCAAACUCUGUGCGGAAGGGUUAUUCUUCGACACCUGAUUGCCCUCGAGACUCUGAGUAUCUCCUACUGCCCGGAGCUUGAUUUAUCAAUUGAGGAUGAUGGCAAUGAGGACGAUUGUGGUGAAGAUGGGUGCGAUGUGCAAUUGCAAGGCCACAGCAAAUUAAAAGCCCUUCAUAUUGACGAACUUCCAAAGAUGAAGCAUUUCCCAGAGUGGCAUCGGCAUCUCAGACAUCUCGAACAUCUAUCGAUUUCAGACUGUGAUAGCCUUAAGGCUCUGCCUCACUGGAUGGGCAACCUCACCACACUUACAACUCUUAAAAUCUGGAGCUGUGACGGUCUCAGGUCUCUUCCUAGAAAAUUGAUCCUUCAAUUCCUUACCACCCUGGAGUCAUUGAGCAUAGAGUGGUGUCGGGAGCUCGACCUGUCUGGGGAAUUAGACAAUCAACAAGAAGAAGACGGCAAUACGUCUAAUUCUCAAUUCUCCGAACCAACUAAGCUUCGUGAGUUGGCCAUCAUUGGCAGUCAAAAUAUGGUGUCCCUACCAUUGUGGAUCCAACAUCUCACCAACCUCAAAUCUUUGGAUAUCUCUUUUUGUGAAAGUUUGGAGGCUUUGCCCGAGUGGUUUCCCCAACUAAUUUCACUCAAGCGUCUUGAUGUUUCUCAAUGCGGACGGUUAUCACAAAGGUGCAGAAGGGAUAUCGGAGAGGAUUGGCCUAAGAUUCAUCAUGUUGAGCGCGUUUUUGCAUAGGGGACACGGAUCAUUAACCGCGCGCUGCACAGGUGCUGUCCAGGUCCUUCUUGGUCUUCUCGGCUGCAGACUUGAAGUUGUGCCAUCACUUCAGUCUCCUGCUCUUCCGUUAUCUCAAGAGGCGAAAGCAAACUAUACGAUCACAAUCAGUUCUGUUGGGAGUGGAAAUCACUUCAGUUCUGCAAGACACUGUUUUUAAUCCAAUUCCAGUACCUCAUUUUUAUCUGUUCUAUUAAUGCCGUGACAAUCAAUGUAAUGUCUUAUUAUCCAUCUGCGACUACGUUCUGAACUCUCCGUCCUGUUUCUUGAAGUGGCCUGUGUUUUGAAGAGUGUAGAGGACAAUCUCAGAAAUCCUCAGUGAUGCAGUCAGUGAUAAUUUGCAUAUCUGCAUGUGAAAUCCUCAACUUGGGGGUUUGGCCACCCCCCACUCCAUAUCUUACAUUUUUCAUUUUAUUC